AUGGGGUGUGUGCCGAGCCGUGAGCUGCACGAGAACCCCGCGUCCCUUCAGUUCACGCGCAGCGGGGCGCUGCGGCUCGCGCAUGUGCCGCUCACACCGCACUUCUUCCCGUCGCCCGACUGCCUGGCGUUCCGGCAGCUGCACGCCUGUCGCGACGCGCAGUCAGCGAAGUACGGCUUCGGCGUCGCCGGUCCGUCUCGGUGGCGGCGGCUGGUGGGGGAUGACUGGAACGGCGUGUGCGAUGAGGAGUUGGAGCCCGACCCGUCGGCGAUGUACCGCGUCGACGAGGACUUCCUGCUUCACGGGGAGUGCAACAGCGGCACCCACAAGAACAGCACUGGCGAAAGCAGAGGGUGCAGUACAAGUGGGAGCCAGCAAGACUUUUCCUUCUUCCGCGAGCCAGCGGAGUUGUACCGUGUGCUGGUGACGCACGGGGCCGUCCCCGCCAUGACGGACACCAACGCGGAGAUGCGGGCCUUGUUCGAGGAAGAGCGCGCGUGGCGCAACGCCAGGACAGUGAUACAGCAGCACCGUCAACGCCAACGCGCCACGAAAAAGGGAAAGGAUGAUGGUAUGGAUUCCAAAGAAAAGAAGCGGGGAGAGGAGGAGGCGGCUACGGUUCGCGCCGCAGAGCAAGUGCCGCCGCCCCGUCGUUUUCUCCGUGCACUUCCGUGUGCCGUGCUGGCCGUCCUCACACCUGAGGAGGUGGAGCAGCAGCAACAGCCGUCAGAGCCACACGGUGCCGCCAUUCCUCGCGACGGCGCGCUACACCUGUUGGAGUGCGGCAACACGCUCUUCCUCGUUGCGCAGCUGCACGAAACGUGUAUUGUGCCGCCCACGCCCGUUCGUGUCGUCGGCUGCGAGUCGCUGCUUCCCGCCGUGUGCCGCGGAACGCCGUGGCUGCGCGGACACAGCGCAGACCCUGAAGAGGACGCCUACAUCGAGAGCCUUCCGUCAUGCCAGCAACCACCGGUGCUUUGCGCCUGCCACUUCUGCGAGGCCUCUGUGUGUGCCAAGGCGUUCAGCCGCGCACGUAUCACCGGCUUCGGCCACUACGCAAUGCACUCGCGCAUGGCCGGCAUGGAUGAGCCCAUCACGCGUCCAGUGUGGCACAUCGGGCUCGCUUCGAACGUGUCACUACUUCGUAUCAGUGCGGAGCUGCGGCAGCUCGUGCGGGCCACAGCGUUCCCGACUGGUGCCACUGCGAGUGUGCGUGGGAACCGAUUUCUCUUUCGCAUGCAUGAGGAAGCCGUGCGGGCGGUGUGCUCUCUCUGCGCCACUGCGGCCGGUGGUCUCUCACCGCAGCCGCCGUGCCCACACAUGAAGGAACAACAACAACAGCAGCAGCAGCAGCAGCAACUUGGAGCGGACCCCAACGACUACGAAUACGCUGGGUGUGUCGGUGUCCACCCAAGGAGCGGUGAGUUGUGCGUCCCGACGCGUAUUCUCUCGACUCUGCAGCAGCGCCGGCUAAAUGCCGCUGAGGNUAAUGAGGGAAAAAUGUGCGACAGCAAGCCGCGGCUGUUGUGCGUUGUUGUUGCUCCCUGGCAGACGGCGACAACGACGGUCAUUUGCGAAGGAGGCGCCGAAGACGAGGACGCGGCGCACGUCACAUUUCACGACGGGGAUCUCAUCACAUACGAUGAUGCGCACGAGCGGUGGGUGUUGUUGGCCCAGCCCAGUGUGGCAUUAGAGGACGUGCUGCUAAGCUGGGUGAAGAAGACACUCGCAGGCGCUACCUUUCGCUACGGCGACGAUGGCUGGCUGCGAGACCGGCAUCGCCGCAUUGUGCAGGACGGUCGCUUCUACAUCUGGUGCGUUGUCCACGACGGCCUCCCGUACUUCUUUGGCGUCAUUCCGGUCUUUGCAAAGGAGCAGCGCCGAAGACAACAACUGCGCAAGCGGAAGAAGUCGCUAAGGCUUGAAUCAACUGAGAAGCACCAGCAACAACAAGAACAACAGGAGCAGGAGCAGGAGCAGCAACGCCAGGCCACCGCCACCAUGCGGGAGCGAGAAAUCUGCCACACGAUGAGGCGUGUGUCGGUUCNACUGCGCAAGCGGAAGAAGUCGCUAAGGCUUGAAUCAACUGAGAAGCACCAGCAACAACAAGAACAACAGGAGCAGGAGCAGGAGCAGGAGCAGGAGCAGCAACGCCAGGCCACCGCCACCAUGCGGGAGCGAGAAAUCUGCCACACGAUGAGGCGUGUGUCGGUUCCCAUCGCAGGGAAUAGUGAGGUGGCGAGAUUUUUUUGCAACGGGUGUUUCACGUGGAACCCGUACGGCAGGCGAGGCUAA